AUGCCAAUAAGAAUAGAAAAUAGUAAGUCUUAGGCAAAUAGUUUUGUAAAUUAAUCAUUAGAAAAUAUUGGAUUGAGGAGCAAGAGAUUGAGUUACAAUAGCUAGACUCUGUCUUUAACUCUCAGUGUUUAACCCUCAAACAGAAGUUAGCAUGAAUUAUCUGUGGAUUAAGUUAAGUCUUAAGAAAAGAAUUAAAAAAAUCAGCUAAAUGGAUAAGCAGGAACAUUUUCAACUCUAAGCAAUAAAGAAAGCCUGAGGAUAAGCAGAAACGUCAUGUCCUCAGUUUAUACUUAAGAUAUUAAGACCAUUCGAUCAAAGAAUAUGGCAAAUUAAUCAGAUAGUGAUUCUAGAAAGUAUAAUUUGAUAAUGAAGAAACUUGUCUAGAUAUAAGGGAAAGAUAUACUUAACCCUAGGUCUAUUGGUGAAGAGUAAAAUCAUUCAAAAUAAAUAAGGCAUAAAACAAAGAAUCAUUUACUAGAUGCAUUCAAGCCCAAAUUUUAAACAUACCUUCCUUCAAUUAUUGGAUUCUAGGCAGCUGAAAAAUUAAAAUAAUAGAACAAUGUAUAUUUCAAUCAUGGCUAGAAUGAAUGUUCAAUAUGA